GGAUUAACAUGAUUGUAAACAAAAUGUUGAUGGAGGGAGAACAACGACACUCCAUGUUUUUCUUCCAAAACUGAGUUAUCUCUAUUUUCCCCUCACUUCUCUGUUUUUCUCUCAUCACUUCAAAUCAAAUCAAAAACCACCAAAUCACAAACUCUUCAAUUUCUAGGGUUCUUCACUCUCAUGGACCAAGCCGAAUUAACCACCGAUCAGGUUCUGAGUAGGGAUAUCCCAUGGGAAACCUACAUGUCCACCAAGCUCAUCUCCGGAACAAGCCUUCAACUCUUACGCCGUUACGAUCAUCGAUCAGAAAGCCAGAGAGCACAGUUACUUGAUGAUGAUGGUCCGGCUUAUGUUCGCGUGUUUGUUCAUGUUUUGCGCGAUAUUUUCAAGGAAGAUACUGUGGAGUAUGUUUUGGCUAUGAUAGAUGAAAUGCUGACAGCGAACCCGAAAAGGGCAAGACUGUUUCAUGACAAUGCUCUUGCAGAUGAUGAUACUUAUGAGCCUUUCCUAAGAUUGCUUCGGAAAGGAAACUGGUUCGUACAAGAGAAAAGUUGUAAGAUCCUUGCCUUAAUAGUUAGUGUCAGGCCAAAAAAUCAGAGUGGCGUUGCUUCUAAUGGAGAGGCUUCAAAUGAAAAGAAACCAUUUACCAGCAUUGAUGAUGUUUUGAUUGGAUUGGUAAAAUGGCUUUGUGAGCAGUUGAAGAAACCUUCUCAUCCAAGUCGUGGAGUUCCAACUGCUAUCAAUUGCCUUUCAACUCUACUUAAGGAACCUGUGGUCAGGUCUAACUUUGUUCAAACUGAUGGGGUCAAGUUGCUUGUGCCAUUGAUUUGUCCAGCAUCCACUCAACAAUCUAUUCAGCUUCUUUAUGAAACAUGUCUCUGCAUUUGGCUCUUAUCAUAUUAUGAGCCUGCAAUUGAAUAUUUGGCUACUUCAAGGACCCUUCCAAGACUGAUUGAUGUCGUUAAGAGUUCUACAAAAGAAAAGGUUGUUAGAGUUGUUGUCUUGACACUUAAAAACUUGAUGUCAAAAGGGACAUUGGGUGCUCAGAUGGUUGAUCUUCAGCUGCCACAAGUUGUUCAAAGUUUGAAAGCACAAGCAUGGAGUGAUGAGGAUUUGUUGGAGGCACUGAACUCUCUGGAAGAAGGGCUUAAGGAUAACAUCAAGAAACUAAGUUCUUUUGAUAAGUACAAGCAAGAAGUUCUUCUUGGCAAUCUGGAUUGGUCUCCCAUGCACAAAGAUCCCAUAUUUUGGCGAGAAAAUAUAACCAAUUUUGAAGAGCAUGAUUUCCAGAUUCUAAGGGUCCUAUUAACAAUUUUGGACUCGUCCAAUGAUCCAAGGACUCUAGCUGUUGCUUGCUUUGACAUUUCACAGUUCAUCCAGUCCCAUCCGGCUGGGCGGAUCAUUGUGACUGACCUUAAAGCCAAGGAACGGGUGAUGAAACUAAUGAAUCAUGAGAGUGCCGAGGUUACUAAAAAUGCACUGCUCUGCAUCCAACGACUUUUCUUGGGUGCAAAGUAUGCUAGCUUCUUGCAAGUCUAGUUCUAUUGUAUGCACUUAAUUCCAUGAACUCCCUGCUAUCUCACAUUUCGGAUCAACUCUCCUCUGUACAAGGUUUAUUCAUUGUUUCAAUAAUUUAUUGUCUGUGCCGAUUAAGAUUUCAGUUUGAUAUAAGAAAUAAGUAUCCUUGAUAUUCUACUAUUGAAUAAAUCAAGUUUUGUAAUUUUAUACUCCACUGUUCUCUGCUGGUAUGUUGAAUACAGGUUUUUAGAAUUCAAUAUUUAUCAUUAGAUGGAUUUGUAAUUUCUUGAAAAUUAUUGAGUUGAGGAAUGAGAAAAUUAUUGACAUUUUUGCCAGAA